CUUAACGUCUGUGUGAGAGAAAUUUCUGACCCCUCUCUCCUUAUAAAUUUUCCAAACAAAAACAAAAUAUUACAGAGCAAGUAAGAAGAAGAAGAAAAUCAAUCACACACUCACAUCACAUGCCUAGCGGUUGCUGCAUUAGAGCUCUAUGGAUCCUCAACAAUCUCGACGCCGUCGUUUUUUCCAGGAGGUUUCCGGUAGUGGAGAAGCAAUGGCGCGCGGCUUGUAAGCGCGAAAAUGACAGCUUAAAGGAGGAAGAAGAUCGUGUUAAGAACAGCGUGUUACCUGUUCUUCCUAAUGAUUCUGAGCUUGCUAAUGCAUUUUUGGAUAGAAAGAGAAGAGAGGGUUCAACACGAGGUUAUGGCAUACGUGUGAGUCAGUCAACUGAGGGGUCAGAUUCUUGGGUUGAUGACCCCAUUACUCGACACAUUAUAAGCCUUUGUAUGGGCACAGAGGAAGAAGGAGAGAGUUACCUUCUAUGGCCUUUAAUUUUGCAUGUAAGAGGCUCUUACUGCAUUCUUGUUUUGCCCCUCGUUGAGCCAAGGCAUUUAAAGGCGUAUUCAAGAAUAUGCAGAAGAUCUGAUUGUGGAAAUGCUGUUGGAGUGGAUGAAAGCAUUUCUUCCCUCCUGCUAGAUCUCCCAUCCAUCACAGGGUCUUUCAUGGUUGCAAUUGCUAUUGGUGACAUAAUUACUGGUGAUGUGGUAGAUCCAGAGGUGGUUGUAAGUGUGUCACCAUCUGUGGGAGGAUUGUUGGAUUCUUUAACUGGAAGCAUAGGAAUAUCGGGUAUCUCCUCUAGGGCAAAACCUGUGGCUGCAACUGUUGCAUCUGUUAUCCCAUCCAGCACUGCUGCAACUGGAGCAUUUACCUUAGACACUCCAAAGGUUGGUUCAAGGCCUUUGGAUAAAGAUGCACUUCGAAAUUUCAUCAGUAGUGCCAUGCCAUUUGGUACACCUUUGGAUCUCAACUUCUCCAAUAUUUUUGCUAUAAGGGCUAAUGGCUUUUCUUCAUCAGACCUACCUCCUUCAGACCAAAAACAACCAGCAUGGAAGCCGUAUCUUUACAAAGGAAAACAAAGAAUACUGUUCACAGUCCAUGAGACUAUUCAUGCUGCUAUGUAUGAUAGGGAUGAUAUUUCAGAUACUAUAUCGGUGGCAGGCCAAAUCAAUUGCCGGGCAGAAUUGGAAGGAUUACCUGAUGUAUCGCUCCCUUUGGCAGGGUUGCACAAGGCUCAUGUUGAUGUUUUAUCUUUCCAUCCUUGUGCUCAAGUCUCUGAACAAGUUGUUGAUAAACAGGCUAUGAUGUUUUCACCACCAUUAGGCAAUUUUGUUUUGGUCCGUUAUCUGGCAAAUUGUGCUUUUGGCCCUCCUGUAAUGGGAUUUUACCAGCUGUCAAUGGUCUCUGAAGAUGAAGGCGCUUUUUUAUUCAAGUUGCGCAUAAUGGAAGGGUACAGGACUCCUCUAACAAUGGAGUUCUGUAAUGUGACUAUGCCUUUCCCCAGGAGAAGGAUUGUUUCUUUUGAUGGGACACCUUCUAUUGGAACUGUAUCAACCACAGAGCACUCAGUUGAAUGGAAGAUUAUCCCAAGUGGUAGAAGCGUUGUUGGUAAAAGCAUUGAAGCAACUUUCCCGGGAACAAUUCGAUUUGCACCGUGGCAAAGUCAAAGAUGGAAGUCCGGAUCUGGAAACAUGAGUGACGGAGAAAGUGAUGGAGAGACAGAGAGCACAAGCAAUAUGGUAAAUGCAGAGGAACUCCUAAUAGAAAAAAUGUGCAAAGAUCUUCCUCCUGUUGAUCUAGAGGAGCCAUUUUGCUGGCAGGCAUACAAUUAUGCUAAAGUUUCAUUCAAGAUUACUGGGGCUUCAUUAUCUGGAAUGUAUAUAAAUCCUAAAUCUGUGAGCAUAUACCCGGCUGUCAAAGCUCCUGUGGAGUUGUCAACUCAGGUUACCUCCGGAGAUUAUAUAUUGUGGAAUACAUUGGGGAAGUGCCCAUCUGCAGCAAGGGCUUGAGCACAUAUGAUUUAAUGGUAAUGACAGAAUACAUGCUUUUCUUUUUGCUCCAUGCCGUGGUAAAGCCGGUUGGCACAUAUACUAAUUUGGCCUGAAAUUGUUUAAAAACUUCUCGUUGCUUGUAAUUUUGAAGUUUAGUGCCUAAAUUAAAACAAAUUAUAGUUCUCUCGUCAAAAUAAAAUAACACAAAAGUUUAGUGA